CAAGGCGAUUUCAAUAUAAAUUUGACUCCCUAUCUAUCAUUAUACUAUCUUUCAGUAAUUGCUGUUUCCUCUGCAGCUCACAGACACAUGAAAAUAUUCAACACCCCCAGCAACUCCAGCACCAUCACUGGAUUCAUCCUCCUGGGUUUCCCUUGCUCCAGGCAGGGGCAGAUCCUCCUCUUUGUGUUCUUCUCUGGUGUCUACCUCCUGACCCUCAUGGGCAAUGCUUCUAUCAUCUGUGCUGUGCGUUGGGAUCAGAGACUACACACCCCCAUGUACAUCCUGCUUGCCAACUUCUCCUUCCUGGAGAUCUGGUAUGUCACCUCCACGGUCCCCAACAUGUUGGCCAACUUCCUCUCUGACACAAAGGUCAUCUCCUUCUCUGGGUGCUUUCUGCAGUUCUACUUUUUCUUCUCCUUAGGGUCUACAGAAUGCUUUUUCCUGGCAGUUAUGGCAUUUGAUCGGUACCUUGCCAUCUGCCUACCUCUAUACUAUCCUACCCUUAUGACCAGACAUCUCUGCACCAAUCUUGUGGUCAGUUGCUGGGCACUUGGUUUCCUCUGGUACUUGAUUCCCAUUGUCAUCACCUCUCAAAUGUCCUUCUGUGGAUCCAGGAUUAUUGACCACUUCCUGUGUGAUCCAGGUCCUCUUCUAGCACUCACUUGCAGAAAAGAUCCAAUGAUAGAGCUUGUCUUCUCCCACAUAAAUCUUCUAUCUCUCAUUUUUAUCUUUCUCUCUAUCAUGGGUUCCUAUGCUCUUGUCCUAAGAGCUGUGUUGAAGGUCCCUUCUGCAUCUGGCAGGAGGAAGGCUUUCUCCACCUGUGGGUCUCAUGUGGCUGUAGUUACACUGUUCUAUGGCUCUGUACUGGUCAUGUAUGGGAGCCCAACAUCU